AGCCGCGUCACGUGCCGGGAAGCGGGAGGCGGCGCGCUCGGGCGCACGGGGCGGCGCGGCCAUGGCAGCUCCGGAGCCGCUGUCCCCGGCGGGCGGCGCGGGCGAGGAGGCGCCGGAGGAGGACGAGGACGAGGCGGAGGCCGAGGACCCCGAGCGGCCGGCGGGAGCGGGCGGCGCGCGCGGCGGGGGCGGCGGCGGGGCCGGGCCGGCGGGCGGCGGCGGCGGCCCGGGGGGCGCGCUCACCAGGCGCGCGGUGACGCUGCGGGUGCUCCUCAAGGACGCGCUGCUGGAGCCCGGCGCCGGGGUGCUGUCCAUCUACUACCUGGGGAAGAAGUUCCUGGGGGACCUGCAGCCGGACGGGAGGAUCGUGUGGCAGGAGACGGGGCAGGUGUUCAACUCACCCAGCGCCUGGGCCACCCACUGCAAGAAGCUGGUGAACCCGGCCAAGAAGUCCGGCUGCGGCUGGGCCUCCGUCAAGUACAAAGGCCAGAAGCUGGACAAGUACAAGGCUGCCUGGCUCCGGCGACACCAGCUCCACGUGCCCACAGCCACUGCCGAUGAGAGCCCGGCCAGCGAAGGGGAGGAGGAGGAGCUGCUGAUGGAGGAAGACGAGGAGGAGGUCCUGGCAGGGGUCUCAGCGGAGGACAAGAGUCGGAGACCCCCGGCGGCGAAGGGCCCCUCGGAGCCUGCGCACUCGGAGGCCGCGCCCCCCGGGAAGCGGGUGGAAAACAAGACCCGGGUACCCGUUCGCUACUGCAUGCUGGGCAGCCGCGACUCCGCCAGAAACCCCCACACCCUGGUGGAAGUGACAUCCUUCGCGGCCAUCAACAAGUUCCAGCCGUUCAACGUGGCCGUCUCCAGCAACGUGCUGUUCCUGUUGGACUUCCACAGCCACUUGACUCGCAGCGAGGUCGUGGGGUACCUGGGGGGCCGCUGGGACAUCAACAGCCAGAUGCUCACGGUGCUGAGAGCCUUCCCCUGUCGCAGCCGCCUGGGGGACGCGGAUACGGCGGCCACCAUCGAAGAGGAGAUCUACCAGAGCCUGCUCCUGCGGGGCCUGUCCCUGGUGGGCUGGUACCACAGCCACCCGCACAGCCCGGCGCUGCCGUCGCUGCAGGACAUCGACGCGCAGAUGGACUACCAGCUGCGGCUGCAGGGCUCCAGCAACGGCUUCCAGCCCUGCCUCGCCCUGCUCUGCUCCCCGUACUACUCGGGCAACCCGGGCCCGGAGUCCAAGAUCUCGCCCUUCUGGGUGAUGCCGCCCCCUGAGCAAAGGCCUAGUGACUACGGCAUCCCCAUGGACGUGGAAAUGGCCUACGUCCAGGACAGCUUCCUGACUAAUGACAUCCUCCAUGAGAUGAUGCUGCUGGUGGAGUUUUACAAGGGCGCCCCCGACCUCGUGAGGUUCCAGGAGCUCUGGACCCAGGAGCACACCUACCUCGACAAGCUCAAGAAACGCAGAUGAGAACGUGAAGGCCCCGGGGACAUCCCGGCUGGCCAGGCUGCUCCGGCCCCGUUUCCCCAUGGCCGCCGGCGGGGGGCGCACGGAGGGUUGUGAGCGGCUUCGGAAGCAACGCUGAGCAAAACAGAGAGCAGCUGGUGUCGUGGCGGCUUUCUCCAGCUCGUGGGCCCCACGGUCGGGGACAUUUACAUCAGGCUUGGCGGCCUCUGGAGUGUGUCUGAUUUAUUUCCUGCUUCAGAGUCAUUCUCAGAAGACGCUCGCAACCCUCUUCGUGGACUCACUCAGUUUCACACAUUCGCUCGUUUUCAAAUUUUUUAAAAACCAGUGGCCGGGGCUUCAGGCUGCCAGCACUGGGGUGGCCGCGGCUGCCUUCGGAGGCCCUGGAGCUGGGUGAUCCCGGCCGUGAGACCCGGGCAGGGAGGCAGCUGGGGUGACAGGAGGCGCUGGAAUGCAGCAGACAGGACACGUUCCACGUUCCCCGCUGGGCAGCCGGGCCGGGUUAUGCAACGCUCCUCGGUGAAAAGCGAGCCUGCCUCUAGGGACGCGGCCGCACCUUGGUUAGAGAGCUCCUGGGCCCAGCUGUAGCACUGAAGGCCUUGAGGGACAGGAAUGGUGGGGGGGCCGGGCCGGGACCACUGGGCGCAGCCCUGAGGCGC